UGCAAUCUCUUGCAGGUGGGAGACAUAGUGUGUAUCAUUGAUAUGCCACCAAAGGAGCUGAGCAGGUGGUGGAGAGGGAAGCAUGGGUUUCAGGUUGGGUUCUUCCCUAGUGAGUGUGUGGAACUCAUUAAGGACAAAGUUCCCCAGUCCCUCAUUGAUUCGGUGCCAAAGCCAGCGUCAAAGAAACAGGGCAAGAUCAUCACUUUCCUUCGCUCGCUCGUGAAGGCCCGCCCAAAGAAAGCGAAGCAGCGGGAGACGGUGAAGGAAGGGGUGUUUGGGUGUGACCUGGGAGAGUAUCUUCUCCACUCUGGCCAGGAUGUCCCCCAGGUCCUCAAGAGCUGCGCGGAAUUCAUUGAGCAGCACGGCAUGGUGCAGGGGAUAUACCGCCUGUCCGGCGUCGCCUCCAAGAUCCAGAAGCUGCGCCAGGAGUUUGAGUCUGAGCAGGUUCCUGAGCUAACGGAUGUCCGCGACAUUCACAGCGUGAGCUCCCUCUGCAAAAUGUACUUCAGGGAGCUCCCGAGCCCUCUGCUGUCCGACCAUCUGUAUGAGAAGUUCUCGGAGGCUGUUUCUGCCGCUACGGAUGAGGAGCGGCUGGUGAGAAUGCAGGACGUCCUCCAGCAGCUGCCCCCGCCUCAUUACAGGACCCUGGAGUACCUGAUGAGACACUUAGCCUGUCUGGCUGGGAGCUGCUCCAUCACAAACAUGCACGCUAAGAACUUAGCGAUUGUAUGGGCUCCCAACCUCUUAAGAUCAUCGCAGAGCGAGUCUGCCUGCGUGAGCGGAGGAGCUGCCUUCAUGGAAGUGCAGACGCAGUCAGCCGUGGUGGAGUUCAUCCUGAACCACACGGACGUUCUCUUCAGCUCCAAAUCCGCAUCAGACGUUGGAGAUGGAGCAGGGAAUCUUGGUGGCAUGGUUGAUCAUCACCGUAGCUAA